AAAAAAGAAGUCUUGUAUCUGCUUAAACCCCAAACCCUACACAAAUCGCAUUUCCUCACUCACUGCUGUACAGUAAGCACUGAAAAACAGAAACCAUUCCUCAAAAAUGAGUCUCUUGCUUAAUCACCCUUCUUCCCUGUUUCAUCGCAAUGCUCUAAACCCUAACCCAACAACACCCUCUCUCAACAACAACCAUCAGAUAAUGGCAGUGUCUCGUGUUAUUAUUAAGCCACAGAGCUUUACCUUGUCUAAUAAUACUAACGGGAAGCGCAGAACUAGUACAUUUAUGCAGAGACGGAGCUUUUCUAUGGGUGUUGUGUCCAUGUCAACCAACAGUUUUGACAUCCCAAUUAUGGUAAAUGGUUGUAGUGGGAAAAUGGGGAAGGCUGUUAUUAAGGCAGCAGACUCUGCAGGACUCCAAAUUCUUCCUGUAUCUUUUGGCUCACCAGAGGAGUCUGGGAUAACUGUCCAAGUAUGUGGGAAGGACAUUAAGAUAUAUGGCCCUUCUGAAAGAGAAGGUGUUCUUGCAUCUAUCUGUAAUGAACAUCCAAACCUGAUUGUGGUUGAUUACACUGUUCCUGCAGCAGUAAAUGGUAAUGCGGAUCUGUAUUGCAAAGUUGGAGUGCCUUUUGUCAUGGGAACCACUGGUGGAGACAGGGAUCUAUUAUACAAGACUGUAGAGGACUCAAAAAUUUAUGCUGUGAUCUCUCCACAGAUGGGGAAACAGGUUGUUGCAUUUCUUGCAGCCAUGGAGAUUAUGGCUGAGCAAUUUCCUGGAGCUUUUUCCGGUUAUUCCCUUCAGGUGUUGGAGUCUCAUCAAGCUGGAAAGUUAGACAUAUCUGGAACUGCCAAGGCUGUAAUUUCUUGCUUCCAGAAAUUAGGAGUGUCGUUUGACAUGGAUAAGGUACAAAUGAUCCGGGACCCUAGGCAACAGAUUGAGAUGGUAGGAGUUCCAGAGGAGCAUUUGGCUGGUCAUGCAUUCCAUAUGUAUCAUCUCACUUCGCCUGAUGAAACAGUUUCUUUUGAGUUUCAACAUAAUGUUUGUGGAAGAUCCAUAUAUGCAGAGGGUACUGUUGAUGCUGUAAUUUUCCUGGCUAAGAAGAUUCAAUCAAGGGCAGACAAGCGGAUCUACAGUAUGAUUGAUGUCUUGCGGGAGGGUAACAUGAGAUGAACUAAACUGAUGGUUCCAAGUCUUACCUCCAAUAUAGAUAUAGUCCGAUUUUCAUCAGUGCUCUACAUCUGAAAGCUUGACCAAAAAUCCAAUGGAUGACCAAGUUCCAAAUGGUUAAUGUGGCUCAGAGACCACCAUUGUCCUAAAGAAUCCCAUAAAGAAAUCUGGCGUCCAGUAAGGUGUCUCCAGGAAAAGAUCAAGUUCUGGAUGGGAGCAAGGAUGUGCAAUUAUUUCAAAUAAUGAAAACUAAUGCAGGAUUUGGAGCCAAUGAUGGUUUUGGAAUUUUUCAGUUUAGGAUGAGAUUUCUCUAAAUCUUGGAGGGUUUGGAAGGAACCGAAUGCAAUAUAUAGAGAAUUAGGGCAAACUUGGGGGACUGUUAAUUGUAAUUCUACUAUUAGGAUGCAACUGAAGGCAAUUUUGAAUUAAUGUUAGUUCAGGGUCUUGUCAGAUU